AAUCAAAAACACUUUACACAAAUAAUAUGGAGUAAUUGCAAUUAAAUGAAACCUUUUUAAAAAUAAGUAACCAAACCAUUUUAUCUUAUCAAUAAUCCUCCUAUAAGGAUUUUAUGAAUAUUGUUCCCGCCCAUUUAAUAAGUUACAGUAGCCGCUGCAUAUGGACCGCACAUUCUUAGAGAGAGAGAGAGCACCGCCGGGAUUCUGAUUUUUGGGCCCCAGAUUGGAACAAUGUUGGAGACACAAUGGAGACCUAGAAAUUUCAGAUCCGUGCUUUCAUUUUCCUGAUGGUCUGAGUCUUCCUUCCUCCUCCGCACCCUCUCUGCUCACUCUCGCUGGAAACCAUCUUUGGGACUAGGGUUUCGAAAGUAACCACGUCUGAAACCAUUAGAUUUUGCUAGGACAAAAGCGGUGGCGGGCCAGGCUAGGCUGUGCAAGUUAAAUUUUUGAUUGAUGACCUUUCUGAAGCUGGAAAACUUGACGGUGUAAAAUAUACUUUACAUCGAAGGUUGGUUGGUGCAUCUAUGGUUUUGGCACAGAAGAUGAAAAGUAGGAAGAUGGUGUGGAUACAGUAAGUUUGACGCCUAAACCACAACUCUUACAUUCUCCGCUUUCAUUCACCCAUUCAAUUUAUAUAUAAGUUUCGAUUAUAUCCCUUCAAUUAUAUAUAAAUUGAGAAUGGUGAUGUCACAUUUGGGUACUCUAAGAAACAACCGAAAUAAUACUUGUAUAUUGGUUUUAGACGUGAUUCUGUAGUCCCACGAGCUAGUUCAACCUUUAUCUUCUCUGAAGCCUUUGUUACUUUAGUUACAAUUUUCAUUUGCUCUGCUUCUUCAGCUUCCUCUUGAGCACGCAUUGUUUCGACCAUUUCUAAGACCCGUUGAAAACAGGACUCUUGCACACCAUAAUUCUCGUAUUUUGGAGGAAGCGACUCUAUGAUCUGAAUCCUUAGUUUUUUACUAAACCAUCGUUUAUGCAAUCGUACUCUAAGGCUAGAUUUGCUUCUUUGCGUCCAGAACAUUCAAUAUAUGCGUACUCUUUGGGCUCAGGCAUAGUAACAUCAACAAUUUUACCAAAAACUUUAAGUUGUUGAAUUAAGUCCUCUUCCAUUCUGGGUCGGUGCAGGAAACUAACUUUUACGAGCUUGCCUAGAGACCCUGAAACAUUGCAGUAAAAGAGUUGAUAAAAACGAUUAAAACUAAUACGUGUUUUGAUGAUAGGAACACUUAUAUGAUUCAUCAAAGGACAUCUUGUUGGGUAGCAUUAUAAUCCCAAUCCUUCUUGAGUCUAUUUAUUUAAAACAUGACUCAAGCAAAUAUAAUUUGUUAACAAACUCCCCAACCUUUCCCAAAACGAACUACACAAUCUUAAGUUCAAUGAAUAUCAAUAUUAAUCAUUGAACUGAGAUUUGCUGCUUACUUAAAUCAUACCCAAAUUAUGAAUUCAUUCCUCUAUAAAUCUAAGUUGUUUCAGCUUAAUUAUGUCUUUAUAGUUUAUACCUCAGUUAGAUAAUUAGAAACAACCUAGAAAUUGAAUGCAUUAUACACAAAAUACAGAAUUACCCAGUAGAAAAUCUCAAUGUAUAACAAUAAUUCUAAUUCCAAUAGAAAACAAGAGAACUAAGUUGAACCUGCUUCUGGACUAGCUGUGCCUCCUCUACUUGUUGUUCCGCUGCUUCCCGCUCCUCCUCGACUUGUUUCUUUGUUGCUUCUUGUUCCUCUCCCACUUGUUCCUAUUGAUAAUAAUAAACACUUGAUAUAUCACAUUAAAUAUACUUAAUGAUUGUCAUGAUAUUUGUAUAUUUCAACGACCAAAAUUAAAACUAAAUUAUAUCAUGAUAAAGCAAUUAGGUUAUACCAGAGCUGAUAUACACUUGGAAGGAACUGCUCUUAAUCUGAUUGCCAUUACACUUAACAAAAACAAGCUAAAGUCUCGCCUUCUCUACAGUGUAAGUGCACUCAUAAGUCCCAUCACCCUUAUCCUCAACAUUAAGUGGCGUCUGCGUAGCAUAAAGAUACACAGAACCUUCAACUCGAGCACCACCCUCCCGAACAUCCCUUUCAUUUACAUCUUUCGUGAAUAAGACAAAUUUUUGGGUAACAGCUGUUGUCCCAUCAUCUAAGCCAUUCGAUUCAACCGUGCACUUGGUAAGAUCUAUUGAAAAGUGUAAUAAAGAUCAAUAACCUUUAUCUAGCUAGCUCUCAAAGUUUUACUUAGAGGGCUAGCUGGAUAAAGGUUGUUGAUUUUUAUUACACCUUUCAACUAACUGAAUGAUCCCAAUAGAUCUUACCAAGUGCACGGUUGGAUUGAAUGGCUUAGAUGAUGGGACCACAGGUGUUACUCAAAACUUUGUCUUGUUAACGAAAGACGUAAGUGAUAGGGAUGUUCAGGAGGGUGGUGCUUGAGUUGAAGGUUCUAUGCAUCUUCAUGCUACACAGACACCACUUAAUACACUACUUAAUGUUGAGGAUAAGGAUGAUGGGACUUAUAAGUGCACUUUAGAGAAGGCGAGGCUUUAUCUUGUUUUUGUUAAGUGUAAAGGCAAGCAGAUUAAGUGUAUAUCAGCUCUGGUAUAAUCUAAUUGCUUUAUCAUGAUAUAUAUUAGUUUUAGUUUUGAUCAUUGAAAUAUACAAAAAGCAUGAUAAUCCUUGGGUAUAUUUGGUGUGAUAUAUCUAGUAUUUAUUAUAAUCAGACAAUAAGCAGCAGAGAAACAAGUCGAGGAGGAGCGGGAAGCAGCGGAGAAACAAGUAGAGGAGGACUGCAGGAGCAGGUUCAACUUAGCCCUCUUGUUUUCUAUUGGAGUUAUUGUUGAACGUUGAGAUUUUCUAUUCGGUAAUUCCGUAUGUUGUGAAUAAUGCAUUCAAUUUUUGGGUUGUUUCUAAUAAUCUGACUGAGGUAUAAACUAUAAAGACAUAAUUAAGCUGAAACAACUUAGUUUUAUAGAAUGAAUUCAUAAUUUAGGUAUGAUUUGAGUAAGCAGCAAAUCUCAGUUCAAUGAUUAAUAUUGAUAUUCAUUGAACUUAUGACUGUGUAGUUCGUUUGGGAAAGGUUGGGGAGUUUGUUAACAAAUUGUCUUUGCUUGAGUCAUGUUUCAAAUAAAUAGACUCAAGAAGGAUUGGGAUUAGGAUGCUACCUAACAAGAUGUCCUUGAUGAAUCAUAUAAGUGCUCCUAUCAUCAAAACACGUAUUAGUUUUAAUCGUAUUUAUCAACUCUUUUACUGCAAUGUUUCAGGGUCUCUAGGCAAGCUCGUAAAAGUUAGUUUCCCGCACCGGCCAGAACGGAAGAGGAGUUAAUUCAACAAUUUAAAGUCUUUGAUAAAAUCAUUGAUGUUACUAUGUCCGAGCCCAUAGAGUACGCGUAUAUUGAAUGUUCUGGACGCAAAGAAGCAAAUCUUGCCUUAGAGUACGAUUGCAUAGAUGAUGAUUUCGGUAAAAAACUAAAAGUUCGGAUCGUAGAAUCGCUUCCUCCAAAAUAUGAGGAUUAUGGUGUGCAAGAGUCUUGUUUUCAACGGGUCUUAGAAAUGGUGGAAACAAUGCGUGCUCUAGAGGAAGUUGAAGAAGCAGAGCAAAUGAAAAUUGUAACUAAAGUAACAGAGGCUUCAGAGAAGAUAAAGGUUGGACUAGCUUGUGGGAUUACAGAAUCACGUCAAAAACCAACAUCCAGGUAUUGUUUCGGUUGUUUCUUAGAGUACCCAAAUGUGACAUCACCAUUUUUAAUGAAUGAAUGUUGGCCGUCAUCAUUAGUUACUCCCCCAAAACCACAAUCACGUGCAACAAGAUCUAAGUCAAGAUCACCUGUCAACUGUAAGCAAAGACAUCAUCAAUCCCCAUCCUUGUCGCCAUCAAUUCGCCGGGCACGACGAAAUUACAGAUCCAAGUCUCCGAUCACAGCACUACCUCGAGUUAUGAAUGUGAUAGGUGUAGCAAGAGAGAGAGAAACGCCGUUCGCCUUGUCACCGUUCUCCAGUUUCUAAGAGAAAAAGAAGUAGAAGCAUGAGCCCACGACGGGGAUAUGAUUCAUGCGAAACAGAACAAUAAAGUCAGGAGGUACAACCUCCCAAACACCACAAUGAUUUUUUUGCACUGAGAGCAAGGGUAUGAGCCACCUUAUUAAACUACCUACAAACAAAUUGAAAAGAAAUAGAAGAAAAAGAAGGCAAGAAACCAUAACAAGCGUCAACCAAAGAACCAACGUAUGAUGGCAUAAAACCACCCUCCUGUUGAAGAGCCUUCACCACCUGGAAGUUAUCUGAGCACACUGCCACCUCUUUGCAUUGCUUUCCAGCCAACCACCUAAGCGCUUCCCGACAUGCCAUAGUCUCGGCUUCUUCCACAGAUUUGAACAUGAUGAACGAGCGGGACCUUUAUUAUUUCAGGCGCUUCAUUCGGAGGUAUCGAUGUAAUGUAGUGGCAUUACGUUUGCCGAGACGCUUGUUGAAUGAAGCCCGGCACCAGCUGCGAAAAGAUGGUCUGGUCGUGAUCAUACCAAGGGGAAGAAGAAAUAAGAGGAAGUAAUGUGCUAGGUGCCUGGGUUCAAAACUAAUGGUGAUCAUGAUGUGGUCACUUAAAUGGACAGAAGAUGUUGACAUGCAAGAUUUAUAUCUACUUGAUUACGCUUGAGAGCCUAUUUUUCCAAGAACAAUUCUUUUUUACUUGAGCUUGGUUUAGGUUGUUUUG